AGACCAGCAUUAAGCUUUCAGCAUUUUCGGAAUGCUGAAGGCCUUCAUUAAUGAAAUUUCGUGAAGUCCCUUUUUUAUCCUAAAAAAAUCAUUAGAAACCCAAAUUUACCCCUUUAUAAAAAACAAAACCAAGAGCUUCUCCUUGCACCUCCAGAAACACACGCUCGAGUCCUCACGCUCACUCUCCCAAGAGCCCCCAUGACGACGCCGACUUCAGAUCCGUUAACGACAAUCUCCAGCACCUUCAGAAUUGCCGACGAAAAAUCUGGCUCAAUUCUUCUCCUCAUCUGGGUUUGUUCUUACUUCGAUCUUCUGAAACGGAGGAUGCAGCAGCUCGCAAUUCGACUCCUCCCUCCCUCCGACACGACCACUCCGACCAUCGCCUCCGCUCGAUUCCCUGCAUCCUCGCACGUUUUUCCCCUGCUUGUGGGUAGUAAGGUUUGGGUAGUGGCGGUCUCCUCGGCACAAAUCCCAGCCUCUCGAUCGCUUCCCCGAGGUGAAGCAGAACGGCACAUGAUCCAUUAGCUGGCUCUAACCUUCAUCAUCAGAACUAAAGGGCUGCCUUCUUAAAGAUUCCAUUACUUCUCUGGGACGAUUGCUUGGAGCGCCCCCACUACCUGUCGGUCCAUUGCAAGACUUGACCUUGGGAACUUUGAGAGAACUAAGAGCUGGCGUGAAAGUCCCUCUGUUUACGUCCUUGAGCACAGACCGUGCUGUGGCCUCACUGCAGCGUCUGCCAGAGCCGAAGCCACUCUAGAAUUGCUCUGCAAUUCAUUAGAGGACUUGUUCUGGCGCGGCACUCCACUGGGAGCAUUGGAAGCCUGAGGCAUAUGAUUAUUCCCUGAUUUUCCCAUUACAGCAACGGUCUCUGCAGCUUCUGAUCUGGCCUUUGCAAAUUCAUGUUUCUGCAUGUCAUAUAAGAGCUCUCUUUGGAGCUGCUUAUGAGCAACUGAUAUUUCAUCUAUCUCAUUCUUGUAGUCCUUGAGGAGGAGACGGAGGCAAUCCAUGAGGGAACCUGUGAGGGGGCUCUUCUUGCUCUCGAGUAAUCUCUCCAGCUCUAUGAAUAUGGGGAUGGUGUUCUGUAUGAGGGUCUUUCUCAUUGCUAUGAAUUUAGGAAGUAACUAAAGAUGUUUGUAAUUUUUAAGGAUAAUGAGCUUCUUUCCUCAAAACAUAUGUUAUCUUGUUUUUAUUGUAAUGAAAGUAUUCUUCUAAUGAAA